AUAUUGUAAAUUUGAUUUAUGUGUGGGUGGUGCGGGCCCUUGUUUUUAGUUAAUUAAAGUUAAAAGCACAGCAACAUUUAAAGAUUAUGUAUCCAUGAAGUAAAGUGACACUGUGGCAUGCUUAACGGUUGCCCCUUAUUGAUUUGGAUGUAUAUACGUUUAUUGAUCACAAAUGGGUCACAACAACAAUUACUGCAGUAUGCAGCAAAAACAACAACAACAGCUUCAGCUUACUAAUGGACGCCGCCUUCGCAAUGUUGCAACAGCUAAGCGAUCGAUACCUACAAUGACGGAUUACCUAAAGCUGCACACACAACUCGCCCAGGUGGGCCAGGAGCAUUUGGUGAAGUUUUGGCCCGAGCUAACAGAUGACGAACGUGCUAUAUUAGUGCGCGACAUAACGGAACUUGAUCUAAAUGAGAUCAAACAGUAUUUUGAUCGUGCCACAAUCUCAAUGAAUGAGAAUGGCAUUAAGCUCGAUGAUCGCCUGCAGCCCAUAGCCGAUGAUCAAAUUCUCUCAAUCGCACGCACCGCAGAAGACAAAUUGAACGUCUAUCGGGAGGAGGGACUACAGCAAAUAAGCAACGGUCAUGUUGCUGUACUGCUUAUGGCAGGUGGACAAGGCACACGACUUGGCUUUGAUCACCCCAAGGGCAUGUAUGAUGUUGGCCUGCAAUCGGGCAAGACGCUUUUCCGCAUUCAAGCGGAGCGCAUACGCAAGCUGGAGCAGCUGGCGGAGCAGCAGACUGGCAAGCACGGUCACAUUGUCUGGUACAUAAUGACUUCGGAGCAUACGAAACAACCGACACUGGCAUAUUUUGAGGCCAACAACUACUUUGGUUUGCGGGAGGAAAAUGUGCUGUUGUUUGAACAGGGAUCGCUGCCCUGCUUUGACUACGAUGGACGCAUUAUACUGGACGAGAAGCAUCGAGUUGCGCGCUCACCCGACGGCAAUGGUGGCAUCUAUCGUGCAAUGAAGAACGCUGGCAUUUUAGAGGAUAUGCGUCGGCGUGAUGUGCGUUAUCUGCAUGCGCACAGCGUGGACAACAUCUUAAUCAAGGUGGCUGAUCCGGUCUUCAUUGGUUAUUGCGUACAGGAGCAGGCAGAUUGUGCAGCUAAGGUAGUAGAAAAGUCUGCUCCCAAUGAAGCCGUUGGCGUUGUGGCCAUGGUCGAUGGCAAGCACCAAGUUGUGGAGUACAGUGAAAUUUCUGCCAAGACUUCUGAAAUGCGCAAUUCGAAUGGUCGACUCACAUUUAGCGCUGGAAACAUAUGCAAUCAUUUCUUUACCGCUGACUUUCUGCACAAGAUCGGUAGCACCUUUGAGCGUGAACUGAAGCUACAUGUUGCCAAGAAGAAGAUACCCUUUGUGGAUAAUGCCGGAAAGCGUCUGACACCAGACAAACCGAACGGCAUUAAGAUUGAAAAGUUUGUGUUUGAUGUCUUUGAAUUUGCCGAGAAAUUUGUAGCCAUGGAGGUGCUGCGUGACGAGGAGUUUAGCGCUCUGAAGAAUGCCGAUGCUGCUGGCAAGGAUUGCCCCAGCACAGCACGUGCCGAUCUGCAUCGCUUGCAUCGCAAAUAUAUUGAAAAUGCUGGAGGACUGGUGCAUGGUGAUGUCUGUGAGAUUUCGCCAUCUGUUAGCUACGCUGGCGAGAAUCUCGAGCAACUGGUUAAGGGCAAAUCGUUCAGUAGUCCCGUUCAUUUGCGCGAUUCCUUGAAUGGACAUCUGUAGUCCCCCAUAUACACACAUAUAUAUGUACAUAAUAGACUGAUGAAUGUGGAUAGUUGUUGUAUUUAAUUUUCGAUCUAAUUGGAUUUAUAUACACAGAACCAAGGGAAAAAGCACGAAAAUUCCAUAGUUUUCAGUACUUAAGCAAAAAUAUGUAACAAAUAUUUGUUGUGGGACUUAAUUUGUUGCGUUAACUGUUAUUUUAUUUUUCUGCUUUAUUUUCGUUUUAA